GCACUUCAAACCAUACGUUCUUAGGUUUGUUCCACUGCUGCGCAUGCGCAUUUCAAAUCACAGAGCCGGGUGAAAGGUGGGCGGAAGUGGCUGGCCUUUCCUUUUCCGGUCUGGGCGCCAUAGGCGUUAGGGCUUCGAGAUGGGUAAGUUUAUGAAACCCGGGAAGGUGGUUCUUGUACUGGCUGGACGUUAUUCUGGACGCAAAGCAGUUAUUGUUAAGAAUAUUGAUGACGGCACAUCAGACCGACCAUACAGCCAUGCCCUGGUGGCUGGCAUUGAUCGCUACCCACGCAAAGUGACAGCGAGCAUGGGCAAGAAGAAGAUUGCCAAACGGUCGAAGAUUAAGUCUUUUGUGAAAGUCUACAAUUACAACCACUUGAUGCCAACCAGAUACUCUGUUGAUAUUCCCCUGGACAAGACCAUUGUCAACAAAGACGUAUUUAGGGACCCUGCUCUGAAACGUAAGGCACGCCGAGAGGCUAAAGUGAAAUUUGAGGAAAGAUACAAGACAGGAAAGAACAAGUGGUUUUUCCAGAAGCUCAGAUUCUAAAUUGGAUGUAGCUGCACUAAUAAAUGUUGAAAAGCCCCUUUCUUUGA